AUGCCUCUCACCACGUGCCUCUCACCACGUGCCUCUCACCACGUGCCUCUCACCACGUGCCUCUCACCACGUGCCUCUCACCACGUGCCUCUCAUCACGUGCCUCUCACCACGUGCCUCUCACCACGUGCCUCUCACCACGUGCCUCUCACCACGUGCCUCUCACCACGUGCCUCUCACCACGUGCCUCUCACCACGUGCCUCUCACCACGUGCCUCUCACCACGUGCCUCUCACCACGUGCCUCUCACCACGUGCCUCUCACCACGUGCCUCUCACCACGUGCCUCUCACCACGUGCUUCUCACCACGUGCCUCUCACCACGUGCCUCUCACCACGUGCCUCUCACCACGUGCCUCUCACCACGUGCCUCUCACCACGUGCCUCUCACCACGUGCCUCUCACCACGUGCCUCUCACCACGUGCCUCUCACCACGUGCCUCUCACCACGUGCCUCUCACCACGUGCCUCUCACCACAUGCCUCUCACCACGUGCCUCUCACCACGUGCCUCUCACCACGUGCCUCUCACCACGUUCCCCUCACCACGUGCCCCUCACCAUGUUUUACCUGGCCAACAACCGUCUGAGUGGCAGUCUGCCGUCUGCCAUCAGUCGCCUGGAGAAGCUCCAACAGAUCUGGCUGGACAACAACAGCAUCGAGGGCCCUCUGCCAUCCGCCAUCUGCUCGCUGCCCUGGCUGUGGCGCAUCGAUGUGAGCAACAACAGCCUGUACGGGCGCAUCAACCGCAACUUCAACAGCAUGGUGGCGGACAGCGAGGCCCUCAUCAACCUCGCACACAACUUCUUCUACGGCGACGCCGUGCUCUUUGCCGCGGGCUGCCAGGUGUGCCCCGAGGAGAUCACCCAGCGCAACCAGCUGCAGCUGGGAGACAGCAGCGUGGGGGUGACAGGGAAGUGCAGCGAUGCUGGCCAGCGAGACUACUCGGUGGCGGGGGCAGGCAAGGGCGCCAGGGGGAGUCUGGCAGGCAACUGUCUGACCCUCAAAGGGGAUGUCAAGUGCCCGUCCAACGCCACUCAGCGCAGCACGGCAGCCUGCCAGGCGUUCUGCAGCAUCACGGACAACGGCCCGUGUGACGGCCAUGGGGCGUGUGUGCCGCCUGCACCGGACGCCCCGGCUAACUUCACAUGCAUGUGCAACGCCGGGUACUCUGCAAUGGACCUGGGCAACGGCUCCACCUGUGCCAUCCUCAGCUCCAAUACCGCUGCGAUGUCGUCGCUGUCAGCAGGUGCCAUCGUGGGCAUCGCUGUGGGGUGCUUUGCCGGGUUCAUUCUGCUCACUGCUGUGCUCGCCUGGCUACUGUGGCCCCGUGGACAGAGGAAGUGGGAGGGGCUGGACCUGUGCGAGCAGUUCUCACUGCAGCAGCUGGUGCGCGCCAUGGCAUCGCUGCACCACGUGAAUCUGGUGCGCCUGCUGGGCUUCUGCCAGGACCAGAACGUGGAGACGGGCAAGCAGGAGCAGAUCCUCGUGUACGAGUUCGUGGCCAACCGAGACCUGCACCACCACAUCUACAAGACCAGCAACCCUCUCUCGCUGCGCCAGAGGCUGCGCCUGGCGCAAGGAGCAGCGGAGGGCCUGGCAUACCUGCAUGGGUUUGCGACGCCCAUCAUCCACCGCGACAUCAAGCCCGCCAACAUCCUCGUGACGGCUCACAUGCAUGCCAAGGUGGCCGAUUUUGGGCUGCUCAAGCAGCUCACUCACGGCGAUGCUCAUGCCACCAGGGUGGCAGGCACGCCCGGCUAUGUGGAUCCUGACUACAACCGCACCGGCGUCAUCACGGCCAAGAGCGAUGUCUUCAGCUUCGGCAUUGUGCUCCUGGAGUUGCUGAGUGGAACGACACCCUACUCUCACCAUGCAGGCCAUAUCAGGAUCUGGGCGCAGCAGAGGGUGGAUGCAUACGAGUUGGACGAGCUCAAGGACAGCAACCUGCAGGCCAGCGAGGAGGCUGUGGUGGACUUUGCUGACCUGGCACUGGACUGCAUGAAGGCGCCCGGCACACGCCGCCCCGACAUGAAGGACGUGGCAUACCGCCUCCGUGCCCUCAUUGACAAGCACUGCCCUGAAAAGGAGGAAGAGUGGGAGAGUGGAAUCACCGGAGAGGAGUCAUCUACCACGACAGUUUCUGCGGGCGAGAGCUCAUUGCUGAGCUCAGGUUCCAAUGGUGUCAAGAGCUGGCUGUCACUGAGGUUCUCUUGGGGUUACUGA